AUGCGCUACAUCAUGACUUCUCCAAAGGGAAUUUGGGGUUCGGACGGUUCCGAUUCGAAUGAAAAUAUGCAGGCCCUUGCGGAACAUCUCGAAACAUGCCUCGGGGAUCUCCAGGCGGAAAAGCAAAACCUAAUCAAAGCUCAGACGGAGGCAAUCAACAGCCUGAGAGAAGAUCUUCGCCGACUCCAGAUUCCCACUAUUACCAGACAUUCAUCAGACACGCACCGGCGUAGUGAUGGUGUCCGGCCAUCAACCAGCAUCCUUGCGACUGCGCAACCCAAGCAACAUGAGAUUGCUCAGCUGCUUGCGUGCACGGCUUGGGGACAGUGGCUUGUAGCGAUGGAGUUAGUAAAAGGGGGAUCGUUGUCAAAUGAUCGCCUCUUCAACGUCAUUCGGGGUGUGGACUUGGCUAUGACCACACCUAAUCGGCCCGUGGAACAGAUGACCGAGAUACUGGAAGACGUUGUGUUGAAUGCGGGCUAUGGCGAUGAAUCCGAGAUGGAAGGACAUGUAGAGGCGCUCUUCAUGGAUAUUGUGUCGACGGCCAAGAAGUGCAUCGACAAGUCGUCCUCCGUCCAUACGGAGAAGCAUUCGGACGGUUCAUUCGUCACGUACCGACGAUGCAAGCAUGAAGAAUCGUCAACUUUUCUUUCUCUGGACGAAUCAUUGGUCCCCUGGAGAUCUCCGGAGAACUUGUCUGGGUUUUGGCGAAUUGCGAUCGACCAGAUGGAUGCUCAGGCCGACGAGCACCGCCUGAGGAGGAACACCGCUCGCGAUCUGCAGAUGGAGGAGAAUCGCCGUUUCGGUCUGGCAGAGCGGGAGCGAAUGGAGAGGAAAACGAAGGUGGACAAUUUCUUGUGGGAAGAUGAUUUUAURGGAUUGGCGGGCAUAGAUUGGGAAGAAGAUUCUGACGACCAGGUUUGA